AUUCAUCAAUUUUUGAAAGAAACUUCAUUAUUUUCAUAUCUACCUCGUUCCAAAAUCCAGAAAUUUGAAAAAAUGGGUAUAAUUAUAAGUCUUGUCGCACCGACUGUUUCCAGUACCAUAAGUUCCCGGCUUAUGAUUGGCCCCGAAAAUAAUGAAAAGGAUGCAAAAAAUUCUGACAGAACAAAAUAUGAUAAUUUGGCAAUGUUGGGACGUUCUCCUGAACAGAAAGAACAUGUAAAUCCAUUUGAAAAGGCUCCCGUCGCUCGUCCUACUAGAAAUACGGUGGAUUCUCAAAUGAUGCUUGGUCCUCCUAAGAAGGCAAACGACCAAAGUGCUUCUGAUUGUUCAAUUUAUGAUAAUCUCGUAGUUCCAAUGUCAGAAUUGGGCCCAACUCCUGGAAAUAAGCCAUCUCCAAACCCAAUUGAAGGAGCUCCUAUGAUUCGUCCACCCCAAGAUACUGUCUCGAGAGCUCCGGAUAAUUCAAUUUAUGACACUCUUCAGAUGACACCGGAAGUUGAUUGGAGCAAGAAAAUGACAAUGAAGUCAAUGAAGAAAACUGGAAAAUAAAUUAUGGAACUUAAUGUGUUCCUUAA